UUCCAACUGCCCGAGGCAACGGAUCCGGAUCAGGGUCCUGAACACACAGUUCAGCACUACCAGCUGGUGGCCACGGACGGGCCACCAGGCAAGGACAGAUACGUUGGUGCCGGUGCGGGCGUUUCGGUUUUUGACGCCUCUGGUCGGCAGACCGCCUCCUCCACCUCCGAUAUGUUCAGCCUCUCGCAUGAGAUUUCAGAGCGGCUGACGACCAGUCCGUACAAAUUUAACCUCCGUCUGAAGGUGAAUGCGGACCUGGACAGGGAGAAACAGGCAACCUACUACUUCCUGCUCUAUGCUAUUGAUGGUGGUGGACCACGAGUGGGUUACCAUGGCAGUUCUUCACUCGUCCAGCAGGCGGCACGACAGCUUACUGGGACGCUGACCAUCGUCGUCAAGGUUACUGAUAUAAACGAUCAGGCACCCUACUUUCUGCGCCCCCAACCCUCUAUCGAGAUUUUGGAGAACACACCUGUCGGCACGCAGAUAUACACCAUCGCUGCCAACGACAACGACCCUUCUGAUGCAAAUCGCCUUGUCUACCGCAUAGGUUCUGCUGCGAGCACAGAAGUAACACGACUCUUCAGCAUAAAUACUCAAACUGGGGCCGCUUUCGUGAUUGGAGAAAUCGACUACGAAACGGCACCCUACCUACCCAGUCGGGAGUCCAGCGAUAAACUGUCCGGUGGUCACAUGAUGACAAUGAUGUCGCAGGGCUACGGUCAUACCGCCAAGAAGGAGGUUGGUUAUUUAAUCCCCGUGGAGGUAUCUGACGGUGCACAUAUUGCGGAAACCGAACUCAGGGUGCAGAUCAUAAACGUCAAUGACAAUGCUCCCAACAUCUCGAUCCAAUCACAUCUUCAGCGAUCGUCAACAACUGGUGAGAUCCUGAUUAAAGAGGAUGUGCCGGAGGGUACUCUGAUCGCGACCAUCUCCAUGACUGAUGCCGAUGAACGUGGGCCUGUCCCCUCUAAUGUAGGUAGUCAUGGCAUGGUCUCUUACCUGCAUGAAUCUCCCUACCGUGAAGCUCUGCCUCACUGUUCCACCACCAACCCCUUCUUCCUCAUUCAACCGCUGUUUCCGGGUGCGCGGAAUCACUUUAAGCUUGUGACCGCUCGUCUGUUGGAUCAUGAAAUCAAGGCCAACCUCGGUGUGACCGUGAUGUGUCAUGACUCCGGCCAGCCCGUCCUCUCCUCAAAGCAGCACAUAAAUGUACGUCUGGAGGAUGUCAACGAUUCACCGCCCGUUUUCGACAAGUCCCUCUACUAUGCACGCAUCAGUGAGGGUCUGCCCAUCCAUACACCCAUCACACAGGUCCACGCCACCGACGCCGACACGCGUCUCUUCGCGGAUAUUAGAUACCGUCUGGUGUCCCCGUCCUCGUCCGCGGGGGGCGGGUCCCCCGGAGACCGUCAUGUCCUGGAGUCAGCAAUUCUUUUGGACGAGAGGACGGGUCAGGUGCGUAGUGGAGCUGUCUUUGACCGUGAACUCAUGAGUUCCAUCAAUUUCACCGUCCUGGCAGUGGACUGUGCCGGCGGACCCCAUUGGCGAAAUAAUUCCGUAGAGUCAGGCACCGCGACCGCCUGCAGUCAAGUCAACACCGCCACCGCGGAAGUGAUUGUGUUGAUUGAGGAUGCAAAUGACUGUGCCCCGGAGUUUGAUCAACAGUCUUACGAAUUUCCCAUCGCUGAAGGCCAACCACCGAAAACACUGUGGGUGCAAAUGCGCAUUUCCAGUCCGAUCGUCUGA